UCUGGUUUUUUCCGUCAAACUUUCAACUUUGUAAAAUUUGUCAAGUCGACUGUUUAGAUUCCGUGUAGCACAGCAAUGCAAUAAGGGGCUCCAAAUUUCCUGAUACAUCAUGCUAGCCGGGAAUUCAGCCACUCUAUUCAAAAAAUCCAUGGCUGGUGGCACUGCGAAGGGGACACAAGCAGUAGCACCCACCUUCGAGGUCACCCAGCUGAGCAGCUCCCAGCUGUCCAGCAAUCGGGGCGUCCAGCUGCCGCCACUGAUGAUGAGGGGUCAGGUCGAUCCGGAUCAGGUGGAGAACGCCACUUUCCGCGUGGUCCAGGUCGAUCGUCGUCCCAUCAGCGAUCAGCAAUUCAAAACGCUGAUAAAGCGGCUGGUCAAGUGCUUCAUGUCGGAGGUGGAGAUCACAAAGCGGCUACGCAAGGCUACCUCCAAGCGGCCCGUAAAUCCGGGGGAGCGGCAGCUCAUCCAGCAAAUGGAGGCCCUGCGUCGGAAGUACGAGGCGGAGAGAUCCGCCUUGGUGGUGAAUCUCAGUCUGGACACCCGCUUUAAACGGUGUCAUCCUCUUGCCGCGCAGCUCGGGGGCGUCCAGCCCAGCAGGUCCAGCAAAUCACGAAAGAGCAAUCCUCUCGAGGGCGAUAAAGCUCCAAAAAAAACCACGAGCCGCAAGAACGAGCAUGAUAUUCGAAGUAGGCAACGACAAAGUGGAGGAUCCCUGCCCAAGGAGUCGAUCGUGGGGGCCAGUGCGUGCAAUCAUAUCGUAACGCCUGGAAAUCUGUCCAAGCGACUCAGAUUGCAGCAAGCCUUUGAAUCCUAUCCUGAACCUCACCAAAUUGAAGAAUCUUCUCCAGGCAACAAAAACCGAUUGGUGGCGGUCAACAACGAUGUAUCUGCUCAAGUGUCGCCGAGUUCUUCUGACGUAUUCUACGAUUUUCCGGAUGUAGUAGAAUUUUAAGAUCCAAGUUAUUUUGAUUUGCCAAUUUCAAUAUGCCAAAAGAAUAUGGAAAUUUCUCCCUAGCACUUCCCACAAACUGAUAUUGGAGGAACUCGACUCUCUU